CAGUUCACGUCAUGCGGUGCAAGUCACACACAAGGCCAGAAGAAGGCAGCGGGGAAUCAUGUUUCCACCCACCGGUGAGGAUGAGAUACCCAGGUCUGCAUUUCCUGCCACGAAGGCAUCGAGUCUGACCACCAAUAAUCAAUCGUCAUUGGAAGCUGAUUCUUAGCUUGGGGGCUUGAGGCUGAGACGCGACAAGCUGAAAAUCCCCCGUCUUCUGCCAAACCACCCCUCUCGACUCACCCAGGCUGCCAUCUCUUCUUACUCCCAUCAUCAGCCGACUUUCAUCGUUUUUUUCUCCUCUUAUAUCUCUCUCCAUCUCUCUGGCAGACGUCUCUUCCAUCAGGAUUUUCCAGACAAUCCAGCCGAUACUCCCGCGAACCAUUUCCCAACUAUGGCGCUUACCGUCCCUAAAGUUGUGCUGAUUUUGCUGUCCCUGGCGGGCUUCUGGACGCUUUGGGGGUUCCCAUAUCAAAAUGGACUCCUUAAGAUCUUGGGCCAGCAAUCAGAGCCAGGCGCCGUCAUUCCCGGUCCGACUUCAGCCCCAAUGAAGCAGACCUACACUGGCAUUGGACCGAUCGAUAAGCAAUUGACAGUCUUGGUCAGCUUCUUCUACACCGCUAUCGACGGCAACCGAGCAGAUGUGUCGUUGUCUUUCCUCUACCUUGGAGGGCAAGUCCUCGCUGCGUGGGUCUUGGUCAUGGUGGAGGGACUCAGGAAUGGCAAUAGAGGCAAACUGCUGCUCACCGCGACAACAUUGCUCGGUGUUGGGGUUGCCAUUGUAGGCUAUGCUUGCGUCGCACCCUUGUGGUUUGCUCUGCACCUGUGGAUGUCACCUACAGUACUCAAACCCAAGGACUAUCAACUCGAGGUCGAUGCACCAAUCAAAAUCGCCAUUGCACCCAUCAGCAUCCUCGUCGGAUUCGGGCUUCCCUCUCUGUUGAUGUGCCUGCCAGCCCCAACUGUGGUUUCGUUCGAGACCAAACAGACGUGGACGGGUAUUCAGCAGGGGUGGUCGAUUUGGAUUGGGUUGACACAAUCUCUCCUGACCAUUCUGGCUUUCGCCAUCGAUCAACGGGCCUCCGUCUUGACCGAAAAUGAUAAGCGACUGAAGAGUGCCAGGUAUCUCCGACUGGCAUACGCGUUUGCAAUCAUAUCAUCGGCUGGAUCCCACCUGGCGGCACUGAGCCUGUCAACGCUGGCCUACCUCUUUCCGGUCCUGUUCAGCGCCACCUACCUCCCACAGCUUCAACCCGCCAGAAUCUUUGUUCCUGUCGUGCCGUUUGGGCAGCCACAGGUCAAGGUUCUGGCCGAUGGAGCUUUGUGGUUCCUUCAAUGGGACAUUGUCGUCGGGGUUUCCGCCUCACUUCUCUGGGGAUUGACAGUGCGAGAUGCCAGCAAACAUGGGAAGGCCACCGUUGGCCAGAUCUUCCUUGGGGUCAUCAAGACUGUUCUCACGGCGGGCUUGCUCGGUCCGUGUGGCGCCGCUGCCGUUGCCAUCUGGACUCGUGAUGAACUAGUGUUGGGGCGAGCCAAUGCUGAAGGCAAAAAAGACAAGAGCAUCUGAAGCAGAGAAUACAAGCCCUUUUGAAUACAAUGGAGUGUGUGCCAGAUGUCAGUCUUCACGGAUGGUGGUUGAGUCUCACAGGUCUUCUUGUUUCUUGGUUGGCUUUUUCGGGCAUUUCAUCCGUUGGAGGACCAGUAUUGGAUACGGCACUUAACCUGUCAAAUGCGAUGGGGAAGAGGAGGUGAGGGAAUUGAGGAAAUUUGCGCAAAGAUCCAUAGUAGCAGGAAUGGGCCAAAAGCAUCAGUGUACGAGUACUUUUACUGACUUGAGUAUGUACGAAGGAAUCUGGUCACUGGAAACAUUCUACCCUUUCCAUCUAUUUUUGGGGGGCCGAAGAGCCAAUUGCUUUGUCCUCGGCGCGAAUAGUGAGAGUGUUAGCAGCCCAGACGGCCGCCUUUUAAGCAUUGGAUAUACCUAGAGUUUAGGUGAGCCUUAGCCGCCUAGGGCUUCCA